AUGUGUGAUAAGAAUUUAAUUCCUUUCCGACCUUCGAUUCAGUUCCAAGGGCUCCAGGGGCUUGUCAAAAUUCCCAAAAAUGAUCCCCUCAACGAAGUACACAACUUUAACUUCUAUCUGUCAAAUGUGGGCAGAGACAACCCUCAGGGCAGCUUUGACUGCGUCCAGCAGACAUUCUCCAGCUCUGGAGCCUCCCAGCUCAAUUGCCUGGGAUUUAUCCAAGAUAAAAUUACAGUGUGUGCAACAAAUGACUCGUAUCAGAUGACACGAGAAAGAAUGACCCAGGCAGAGGAGGAAUCCCGCAACCGAAGCACAAAAGUUAUCAAACCCGGUGGACCAUAUGUAGGGAAGAGAGUGCAGAUUCGGAAAGCACCUCAAGCGGUCCCAGAUGCAGUGCCUGAGAGGAAAAGGUCAACACCCAUGAACCCUGCAAAUACAAUUCGAAAGACACAUGGCGGCAGCAGUGUUACUCAGCGGCCAUACAGGGACAGAGUGAUUCACUUACUGGCGCUCAAGGCCUACAAGAAACCCGAGCUGCUGGCCCGACUGCAGAGAGACGGUGUCAAUCAGAAAGACAAGAAUUCCCUGGGAGCAAUUCUGCAACAGGUAGCCAAUCUGAACCCUAAGGAUCUGUCCUAUACUUUAAAGGAUUAUGUGUUCAAGGAGCUUCAGCGAGACUGGCCGGGUUACAGUGAAACAGACAGGCGGUCAUUAGAGUCGGUGCUUGCUAGAAAACUAAAUCCAUCUCAGAAUUCUGCUGGAACCAGCCGUUCAGAAUCUCCUGUAUGUUCUAGUAGAGAUGCUGCCUCCUCUCCUCAGAAGCGGCCUUUGGAUUCAGAUUUUAUUGAUCCUUUAAUGAAUAAAAAAGCUCGCAUAUCUCACCUGACCAGUAGAGUGCCACCAACAUUAAAUGGUCAUUUGAACCCCACCAGUGAGAAAUCCACUGCUGGUCUCCCUCCACUCGCCACAGCUGCUGCCAUCCCCACCCCUCCACCACUGCCUUCAACCCACCUGCCUGUCUCCAACCCUCCGCAGACUGUAAACUCUAACUCCAAUUCCCCUAGCACUCCAGAAGGCGGGGGGACUCAAGACCUACCUGUUGACAGUUUUAGUCAAAAUGGUAGCAUCUAUGAGGACCAGCAAGACAAAUAUACCUCUAGGACUUCUCUGGAAACCUUAUCCCCUGGUUCAGUUCUACUAAAGUGUCCAAAGCCUAUGGAAGAAAACCAUUCAGUGUCUCACAAAAAGUCCAAAAAGAAAUCUAAAAAACACAAGGAAAAGGACCAAAUAACAAAGCAUGAUACUGAGACUAUUGAGGAAAAGGAAGAAGACAUUCAAAGAGAAGACGAAAUUGCCAAGCUGAAUAACUCCAAUCUGAAUUCCAAUGAAGGAGUUAAAGAGGGCUGCACGGCCUCCAUGGAGCCUUCUUCAACAAUUGAACUCCCAGAUUAUCUGAUAAAAUAUAUCGCUAUUGUCUCCUAUGAGCAACGCCAGAAUUACAAGGAUGACUUCAACGCUGAGUAUGAUGAGUACAGGGCUUUGCAUGCCAGAAUGGAAACUGUAGCGCGAAGAUUUAUCAAACUGGAUGCACAACGAAAACGCCUUUCUCCAGGCUCGAAAGAGUAUCAGAAUGUUCAUGAAGAAGUCUUACAAGAAUAUCAGAAGAUCAAGCAGUCUAGCCCCAAUUACCAUGAAGAAAAAUACAGAUGCGAGUAUCUUCAUAACAAGCUGGCUCACAUCAAAAGACUAAUAGGUGAAUUUGACCAACAGCAAGCAGAGUCAUGGCACUAAAACUCUGCUUGGACCAGAAGAUGUGAAUAAACUUAAACUUAUUUAUUUAAAAUUCCAAAUGAGUUGCUCUAGAUUCUAAAAAGAUGAAACUUUGCCUAUUGAAAGUUUCAGUAUUAGUAAACUUGAGUUACUUUUUUUUUUUUUCCAUUUUAUUUUGCUUCCCUGCAUUUUUGAAGCUGCUUUUGCUGGUCCUUUCUCUCUCUCUUUCUCUCAUGACUUGUGUUGUUAAUAGAAAUAAUUUUUUAGAUAUUGGGGAUCCAGUGUUUAUAUACUUCAAAUCAUUUUUUUCCUUAAAAACUUGUGUUUGUCAUUAGAAAUGGUUUUUUUAGAUAUUGGGGAUCCAGUGUCCACACUUAAAACUUGUGUGUGUUUAGAAAAAAAAAAAACAGUAAUGUGUAAGGUGAAAUGCUUUUGGAUAAACAUAAGCCUAUUUUCUGACCUUUCGUAAUGCAAACUCUUUGCCUUAAAUGGUAGAAUAUUUAGAAAUUUGCACAAAAUACAAAAAAAAA